UCCCCUUGGCUCUGGCUGCUAGGAAAUGACCUAAGAGGAAGCCCGCAGAUUUGCAGUGGAAAGAAUCCGUCUGGCAACCACUGAGCCCAAAGAAGCCAAAAAGUAAGAGCAGCCGCUGGGAGUUGAGCCCUGAUCCUGCCAGCUGGGUCCGGCAGGGCGCUUGCCUGGUGGCGGGGCGAACGCGUGAAAGAUGCCCAUCUUGCAUUUGCAUUCCAUGCUUGAGCUGCUGCCUUUCCUGCUCCUGCUGCUGCUGUUCUUGGCUCUGGGUUUUUUCCUGAUCUACCUCCAAACCCCCGACCCUGAAAACAAGAAGAAUUAGGGGAGGGGGCGGGUUUCUGUGCAAAGGUACCAAAGAUGCGAGCGCUCGAGUCCUGAGAAAACCUCUCUGGGAGACUGAAGAGCAAAGCCGGAGCAGGGUUUGACACUAACAGCCACUUCCCUGACCGUGCUGUCAGAGCAGGCCAGACAUGGGAGACUCGGGCAAAGAAGAAUAUAAGAUACAGUCAUUCGACACCGAGACACAGCAGUUAUUGAAAACAGCUCUGAAAGACCCCAGCAGUGUGGACCUGGAGAAAGUGGCCAAUAUCAUUGUGGACCAGUCCCUCAAAGACUCUGUGUUCAGCAAGGAGGCUGGGCGCAUCUGCUACACCAUUAUCCAGAAUGGGUGGGCCACCCCUGUUCUAGAGGAGUAUCAUCCCCUUUUCAAAGAAUGGGAGAAAAUCAGACACAGAAGGACAGACUUGCAGAAGGCAGAGAGUAAGCAGGUGGGCCAGAGCAUUUUCCGACGGAGUCUUCUCAACCGACUGCAGCAGGAGUAUAAAGACCGGGAAGAGCUGCGUGCCCGCUCACCCCAGGCGUGGAUCUGUUACGUCACCUUCAUCUGUAACAUCUUUGACUACCUGAGGGUGAACAACAUGCCCAUGAUGGCGCUGGUGAACCCAGUUUAUGAAUGCCUGUUCCGACUGGCGCAACCUGAUAGCCUGAGGAAGGAGGAGGAGGUGGACUGCCUGGUGUUGCAGCUGCACCGCAUUGGAGAACAGCUGGAGAAGAUGAAUUCCCAGCCAAUGGAUGAACUCUUCUCCCUUCUCCGAGAUGGUUUUCUCCUGCAGGAGGGGCUCAGCUCCCUCUCUCAGCUCCUGUUGCUGGAGAUCAUAGAGUUCCGUGCCGCGGACUGGAAGAUGACAGAUGCGGCUCAAAAAUACUAUUACAGCGAAGUCACAGAUUAAUGCUUCCACAGCCAGAACUAUCUCACCAAAUAGUUUCAGCCUGGCACUUUCACCAGCAAAUAUCACACAAAUAAGUUUAAGAGAUGUUAAGUUACGUUUUUUUUCUAAAGCUUUUCUUACAUUGGUUUUAUACUCUAUUCCCACUAGAACCUUUGCACUUUGUCUUUGCUGCAUUGCCAUGGGAGACAGUUUGAUGUGGGGGCAAGGGCAGUUUUAAUCUAACCAAUGUCCAGCCUUUUUCUAUGGUUGAUAAUUAAUGCCUCUCAGACCACUGAGCAACUGUACCUACAUGUUCCCACUCUUCAAGUAGCAUUAGGAAAGCACAGCCAAUGGUUUACUGGAUUAGUUCUUAUUCACCAACUCCAUUGGCCACCAACGGAGCUGAGACAAGUGGAAGAAAAAUUUUUCACAGCUUGUUUGGAAAACUGCAUUCUUUGAUUUACUGCCAUAUGGAAUCUGUUCACGUAACACACAAACCAAGCUUUAAACAGUCCUCCGCGAUGAGUCUCAUCCUGCUCCCUGUGAAAUCAAUGGGAGUUAUGACUGAGCUGUUUACAUGGGCAAUCUAUUGUUAUUUCUCCCACUCUUGGCCUCUGACAGGCUGGGUGACUAUGGACAGCAGAAGUAACACCUGCUUCAGGAGGAGAAGCCACCAGCAUCCAUCAUAGCAAUUUCCUUGAGCACAUGUAGCUAGAAAAUGUUUUUAUAAAGUUUUAUAAAGUAACCACUAUAUAAUUUUUCCCAAAAAACCUAUUUAAUGAAAUUCAAUAUUGUACGUUGCUGAUGACAAAAGUGACAGGCAAAGGGGAAAUAAGUGUUCUACGGAGGCUUUUUUUUAAUUAAAAUGUUUCCACUAAUGAA